AUGAUGGGUGCCGAAAGGCGUACUUCAAUGGCUGAGCGCCGCCCGUCUACCCUUAAUCAGUCGUCGUUCAGUAUGGAGAGAAGGGCUUCGUCUGUCGUUGUUCCGCACCUCGCGGGAAUUGAAGACCCCUUGCCGGAUACAACUCCGGACAAAGUUGAUGUCGUGGUUGUGGGAACGGGACUCGUGGAGAGCAUUUUGGCUGCAGCGCUUGCGUGGCAGGGCUCAAAUGUCUUACACAUCGACUCUAACUCCUACUAUGGGGACACAUCCGCCACACUGACCAUCGAUCAAUUGAAACAAUGGGUGCAAGAUGUCAAUCAAGGUAGUUUAAAAUGCUACGAAAAUGCCAAGUUACACAUUUCAAGCGUGGUUGGUAGGGGAUCAUACAAGUCGCGAGAUUUUGGGAUAGACCUUUCGCCAAAAAUUCUCUUUGCCAAGUCAGACUUGCUGUCAAUAUUACUGAAGUCUAGGGUGCAUCAAUAUUUGGAGUUCCAGUCGCUCUCCAGCUUUCACACGUACGAAAAUGAUUCUUUUGAAAGACUCACAAACACGAAACAGGAGAUCUUCACUAAUCCCUCUCUUCCCCUCAUGACCAAACGCAGUCUUAUGAAGUUCAUCAAAUUUGUUCUAGAUUGGGAAAACCAGCAAGAAGUCUGGGCAAGCUAUCGCGACAAGCCUAUAACUUCUUUUUUGGUAAACAAAUUCAAGCUAGAGAGAGCCCAAGUCUAUGAACUAAUCUUUUCGAUUGGCUUGUGCUACAACAUAGACGUGAAGACGCCGGAGGCUUUGCAAAGGAUACGCAGAUACCUGACGAGCUUUGAUGUAUAUGGUCCAUUUCCCGUACUUUAUUCGAAAUAUGGUGGCCCCGGCGAACUCUCGCAAGGGUUCUGCAGAUCUGCUGCAGUGGCAGGUGCAACGUACAAGCUUAAUGAAACCUUAGUAUCAUACGACCCUGAGUCCAAAACUGCUAUCUUUGGCGAUGGCUCGAGAGUGACUGUGACAGAGAAAGUCGUGGCUGCACCAACACAGUGUCCCAAGAACAGCCGGAAUGUUCCUGAACAGAUGUUUGAAGUGCAGAGGUUAACUUGCGUUGUGGAUAAGCCUUGCUUGGAGUGGUUUGGUGAGGGUGAGUAUGCUGCUGUUGUGGUUUUCCCACCAGGCUCGCUUAAGUCUGGCAACCGCCAAGCGGUCCAGGCGCUCAUAAUGGGUGCCGGGAGCGAUGUGUGCCCAGCCGGUUCUUCGGUAUGGUACCUAACGUCUACCGAAAGCGGUCCUCGCGGCGAGAUGGACCUUGAUGCUGCGUUUGGUGCUUUGGAGGAAAGCAUUAUCAGGGAGUCGUCCGCCGACAUCGAGAAUGACUCCGGCAUUCUAGAAGUUGACACAAGUGGCCAUUUCACCCUCAACUCUGUCAAAUUAGGGCAGUCGUUCAAAGAGCACAUAUCAGGAGAGAGUAUCCAAGUCCUGGUAAAAUUGUACUACAAGCAGCUAACGUCAACACCACCAUUCGAGGUAGUCGACCCUUCAAUAUUUGACGUUAAUGACCCCGCCGACGGCGUGCACAAAAAGCUGAUACCAGGCGCCAGUGAUAACGGCGUGCUUUAUACCGCACUGCCUUCUGCCGAAAUAUCUUACGAUGAAGCUGUUACUGCCGCCAGAGUUCUAUUCCAGCGCAUUGUUGGGAGUGAUGAUGAUUUCUUCGACUUAGAUUUUGAGGACGAAGAUGACACUGACCAGAUGAACGAGUCCGCUGUUGUGGAUGAUGAAGAUGACAGAAUGGAUAUCGGAUUAAACGCUGAAAUGAGCGUGGAACCCGUAGAAUUCGCUGGCGAAAUGGAAAUAUGA